GAAAGACGAGCACUGCCGAUUGCGCCCGACGUGUGUUGGCUAUUAGCUUGCUGUGUUGCGGCUAAAGACGGUCGCUUAUUUUUUGACAUUGCUCUUCUUCUGUCACACCUUAACACAGGUCCAAGACUGUAACUCCAAUAUAAAAUGGACAGCGAGAUGUCUGAGGGUGAACUCGCUCCUGGACCAGAGACCAGCAGCAUGGAUGGAGAGAAUGCUCCUCUUUACUGCAUCUGCAGGAAACCAGACAUCAACUGCUUCAUGAUUGGCUGUGACAACUGUAACGAGUGGUUUCAUGGAGACUGCAUCAACAUCACAGAGAAGAUGGCGAAGGCAAUCCGAGAGUGGUACUGCAUGAAAUGCAAAGAUAAAAAUCCAUUGUUGGAAAUUAAGUACAGAAAGGAAAAGAAGAUGCGGGAAAAGGAUGUCGAUUCAGACAGAGAAAGACAAUACAGCACACCAAGUACCCCAGACUACAAGAGCGAUCGGCGGCGAGGAUCAAAGGUGAAGCGGUCGGUGCGUAUGUGUGGGGAAUGCGAGCCCUGCAGAAGGACUGAGGACUGUGCCCAGUGUGACUUCUGCAAGGACAUGAAGAAAUUCGGCGGCCCUAACAAAAUAAGACAGAAGUGCAGGUUCCGGCAGUGUGAAGUCCGAGCGAGGAAAAUGUUGCGGGUGAAAGAUGAGGAGUUCUCUUUACGAGAACGGAGGGAGAAUUCCUACCACAGAAGGAGGAGGUACUCUGAGGACUACGACAGUGAAGCAGAACUGUACCAGCAAUACAAGGCUGCGGGAAUAGAUGACAACAUGGCUUGGGGCAGUGAUGAUGAUGACGAGCCGCCCUUCAGUCCAGUCCUUCGAAAGAAAGCCGUCAAAGUGAAGCAUGUCAAGAGACGAGAAAAAAAGUUUGACAAGAAAAAGGAGUCUCGGCGCCACAAGCAGAAGCAGAAACACAAGGACAGGACCCGACACAGUGAACGGGCGGACACGCGGGAUCACGGAGGGCUGCAUCAGUGUCUGGGACCAAGCUGUGUGAAGGCAGCGAGACCGAACUCCAAAUAUUGCUCUGAGGAGUGUGGCAUGAAGUUGGCUGCCAAUCGAAUCUACGAGAUUCUGCCGCAGCGCAUCCAGCAGUGGCAGAAGAGCCCGUGCAUUGCGGAGGAGCACGGUAAGAAGCAGCUGGAGCGUAUUCGCAGAGAUCAACAAAACGCCCGUCUUCGACUGACUGAAAUGGAACGGCGCUUUCAUGAGCUGGAGGGGAUCAUUGCCAAAGCCAAGCAGCAGGCGGUGCAGCAAGAUGAGGAGGUGAACGAAGGUGACGGUGAAGACACGGACCUGCAGAUUUUCUGUGUGUCUUGUAGUCACCCGGUGAAUCCAAAAGUGGCGCUGAGACAUAUGGAGAGAUGUUACGCGAAGUACGAAAGUCAGACCUCUUUUGGUUCCAUGUACCCCACAAGAAUAGAAGGAGCGACCAGGCUCUUUUGUGACGUUUACAAUCCCCAGAGCAAAACGUACUGCAAGAGACUGCAGGUUUUGUGUCCGGAGCAUUCUAGAGAUCCAAAGAUCCCGGUGGAUGAGGUAUGUGGCUGUCCUCUGGUGAAGAACGUCUUUGAGCUGACCGGAGAGUACUGCAGAGUUUCCAAACGGAAGUGCAAUAAACAUUACAACUGGGAGAAGCUGAGGAGAGCAGAAGUCGACUUGGAGAGAGUCAGAGUGUGGUACAAGUUGGACGAACUCUUCGAACAGGAGCGAAACGUCAGGACAGCGAUGACCAACAGAGCCGGUCUACUGGCUCUGAUGUUGCACCAGACAAUCCAGCACGACCCGGUGACUACUGACCUCCGCACCAACAAGGAUAGAUAGUAGUAUAAGACUGAAUAAUUUUUUUAUUCAACGUCCAUCAAGUGGGUCAACGUUGUAUUGGACUAUGUUGACUUUUAACAGCACACAGGUUUUUGUAUUACUGCAGUCUUUCUGUGGUUAUUUUUGAAACUACGUCUGUCUUUGACUUAAAUACUUAA